AUGAGUAAUUUACUAAAACCUGAGAAUUGUGUUAUGUUGAAAGAAGCCGUAAUCGAUGAUAGUGAUGUUGUCAAAGGAAUUGUGGAAUAUGCACAGAGAAAUCGCGUCAAUACUAUAGUCGUUGGUGCAACUCACUCGUGUAAGAGUACUUUGGCACGAACUCUGAACCUGAGGAGUGGAAGCAAGACACAUUCACAUAGAAGAGGGAGCACCAAUGGAAGAUCAGAAAGAUCAACUCUACUUGAAAUGCCAAGGUGUUCUUCAGCUGGUCAGUCAACGAAUCAGAGGUCACUAUUUAGCCCCAGCUCGGUUGAAAGUGAUUCUCCAUCAGAUUCCUUAGGAGAUUUGGAAGCUGCGAUGAAAAUGUUGAGGCUCAAAUUGAAGCAAACUAUGGACAUGUACAGCUCAGCCCAAAACAAGGCUAAGGAGAUUAACCAAUGGAAGGAGGAACGUAUAUCUGAGGAAGCUACUAAGUUGCCUAAAGAGGCAGCUCUAGAACCGGUAGAAAUGGAGAAAGUUAAAGCUCAAGCUGCCUUGGAAGCAGCUGAGGAAGCCAUUAAGAUGGUUGAAAAGGAAGCACAAAAAAGAUUUCAGUUAGAGGUCAAGGCUAGGAGAGAGGCACAAGAGAAGGAUAGAACAUUAAAUCGGUUGAUCAACAACGAUACUAGGUACAGAAAAUACAGCAUAAAGGAUAUUGAAGAGGCUACUCAAAAGUUCUCUCCAUCAUUGAAAGUAGGUGAAGGUGGAUAUGGACCUGUGUUUAGAGGCCAACUUGAUCACACUCCGGUUGCAAUCAAAAUUUUAAACCCUGAAGCUUCGCAUGGAAGGAGGCAGUUCCAACAAGAGGUUGAGAUAUUAUGCAGCAUAAGGCAUCCUAACAUGGUCCUCCUCCUUGGUGCGUGUCCUGAGUACGGAUGCUUAGUGUAUGAGUACUUGGAGAAUGGCAGCUUAGAAGAUAGAUUGUUGAUGAAAAAUAAUAGCCCUCCAAUUCCAUGGUGGAAACGUUUUGAAAUAGCUGCUGAAAUUGCAACUGCACUCCUUUUCCUUCACCAAACAAAGCCAGAGCCAAUUGUGCACCGGGACCUUAAACCCUCCAACAUUCUGUUGGACAAGAACUUUGUGAGCAAAAUAAGUGAUGUAGGCCUUGCAAGAUUAGUUCCACCUUCUGUGGCUGAUUCUGUCACACAAUAUCACUUGACUGCAGCUGCUGGAACCUUUUGUUACAUUGAUCCUGAGUACCAACAAACAGGAAGGUUAACAAAAAAAUCAGACAUUUAUUCCUUGGGGAUAAUGCUACUACAAAUCAUCACAGCCAAGCCUCCAAUGGGGCUUGCACACCACGUUAAGAGGGCAAUUGAGAAGGAAACAUUCUCAGAAAUGCUUGAUAUUAUGAUCAGUGAUGUGCCACUGGAAGAGGCUCUAGCAUUUGCCAAACUCUCAUUGAGUUGUGCAGAGCUCAGCAAAAAGGACAGGCCUGAUCUUGCAACAGUUGUGGUGCCGGAGCUUAACCGUUUAAGGGACUUUGGAUUGACAUUUCAGAAAAAUUAGAACCGUAGCCACCCUCCACACUCUCUCACGCAUGAAGUCGGCGAUUAAGUACUUAAAAUAGGGGUUCCAUGUUGGUAUGUUGGCUCACCUGCCAUGUUUGUUUUGUGUAGAGACAUUUGCUCCAACUAACUUCUCUGCAGCACGCAUUGUUGUUGUGUUGUGAAUGCAAGUUUCCAACAGUUUUCUUCUAAUGGAAGAGUUCCUUUAAUCCAAUUAGAUGCCUGGUAGUCCAAGUUUGGAAAGUAAGAUUGUGAUGUAAAAGAUAAGAAACAUAACUUGUAAACUACAUUACUCUUAUCGGUGUAAAAUACUUUUA